UCAGUAGUUUCUUUUCUCAUCGUUUUCAUGCAAAGAAAGGAGCGUUUGCAUCCAACAAAAACCGCUAAAAGAAAGUGAAAAAACCCUUCUACAGUGGUGUGUAUUGUUCUUGUUAUUCGAGGUGAUUUGCAGAAAAAACCAACCAAACCCAACCUGUUCAGAUACGCACGCCCCGAUUAACUAUGGAAGCCCUCCAGAAGCAUCUUGGCCAGAUCAAGGUCCCCUGCGCGAUCGACAACGUCUACAAGGAGGAGUGCGUGUACAGCUUCGACAAUCCGGAAUCGCCGACGGGACUGUACGUGAGUUUGACUAGUUUUCUCGGCUUUGGAGAGGAACACGCUCGGGCCUAUGCGGAGAAGACCGGGAACAAGGUGUUCCUACAUCUGAAGCGGGACAAGAUCGAAAUUGCCAACGAGCCAUCGCAGGAAGGUCCGGAGAAGAAGAUUACCCGACUGGCGAUUGGGGUAGAGGGAGGUUUUCCCUCGGAACAGAAGAAAUACGAGUACAAGGAACAGUACAAGGUGGUGGUGCUGCCGGAAGCAGUGAGCUUCGAGUAUCCGAAUCAGGAUUUACCUCUCCUGGUGCAGAAUUCGGUAGAAGCGCUGUUGAAGGCGGAGGCGGCAUCGGUGAAGCGGGAACGCGAACAGCUGACCGGAACGUGGGACGGGGAAGUGCGACAGGUUUCCCAGCAUGCGGAGAAUCUGCUGCAGUUGAGUAACGGUAGGAAGAUUCCACCGACGGGGUGGAAAUGCGAGCGCUGUGAUUUGAACAGUAAUCUGUGGCUAAAUUUGACGGAUGGUUCUAUCCUCUGCGGUCGGAAGUUCUACGAUGGAACCGGAGGUAAUGACCAUGCAUUAAAUCACUACCGGGAAACGAACUAUCCGUUGGCUGUGAAACUAGGAACGAUUACGGGCGAAGGUAAGGGGGAUGUGUACAGCUACCAGGAGGAUGAUAUGGUUGAGGAUCCAUACCUGGUAAAGCACCUGGCCCAUUGGGGAAUCAACGUGGGUCAAUUGGAGAAGACGGAAAAGUCCAUGGUGGAGUUGGAACUAGAUCUAAACCAGAAAAUCGGCGAGUGGGGAAUUCUCUGCGAAAGCGCCAGCAAUCUGAAGCCGAUUGCAGGUCCUGGUCUCACCGGAAUGCGAAAUCUAGGAAACUCCUGCUAUCUGAACAGCGUAAUGCAGGUGAUGUUUACGAUUCCGGAUUUCACCCGUCGAUUCGUGGAUGGAGCGAAGGAAAUUUUCGAUAGCUUCCCUGCUGAUCCUGCCAAUGACUUCAAUGUGCAGAUGGCGAAACUGGGUACGGGUCUAUGGAGUGGAAAGUACAGCGUCCUGACGGAAAACAGCAUGGACACGGUGGAUUCUUCCUCUGGCAUUGCUCCUACUAUGUUCAAAGCAUUGAUCGGUAAGGGUCAUCCGGAUUUCGCUACAAAACAUCAACAGGAUGCUCAGGAAUUCUUCCUGCAUUUAGUCAACACCCUGCAGAAGCACUCUCGAAAUCAGUCGGAUCCCGCUGAUGCCCUCAAAUUCAACAUCGAAGACCGCGUCGAAUGUUGCUCCAGUGGAAAGGUGAUGUACAACCGUCGAGACGAGUGGUGUCUUCCGCUGCAAAUUCCCCUCAAUCUGGCCACCAACAUUGCCGAGGUGAAAAAGUACGAAGAAGAUCUGGCUCUUGCCGAGAAGGAAGGCCGUCGCUUAGAUCCGGAGGCUCUGGUCCGUCCUAAGAUCCCCUUGAGCGCCUGUUUGGACACGUUCGCCCAAUCGGAAACGGUGGAACAAUUCUACAGCACUGCCAUCAACGCCAAGACCACCGCUAAAAAGACGACCAAGCUUGCCACCAUGCCGGACUUUCUGAUGCUGCACCUCAAAAAGUUUACCCUCAGGGAAGAUUGGACCUCGGUCAAACUGGAUGUGGCCAUCGACAUCCCGGAAAUUCUCGAUUUGGAAACCCUCCGAGGAACCGGCAAGCAACCGAACGAAGAAGAACUCCCGGAACUGGUUGGCAAAGCCCCUUCGCCACCCCCAAUGGAUCCGGUCGUGCUGGAACAACUGAUGGUCAUGGGCUUCCCACCGGAGGCAUGCAAACGGGCUAUUUUCUUCACUAAAAACUCAGGUGCCGAAGCGGCUACCCAGUGGAUUAUGGAACACAUCGCCGAUGCCGAUUUUGCUGCACCGUUCAUCCCUCCGGGAACCGACACCGGAAAGGCUUCGUCCGGCGCCGCGGCCUUCGUACCAGAUCCGAUGGGACUGGAAAUGCUGAUGGGGAUGGGAUUUACCGACCUGCAAGCGAGCAAGGCUCUGAAAGAAACGCAGAACAACACCGAACGGGCCGUGGAUUGGAUCUUCUCUCACACGGAUGAACUCGCUAGUAUUGCUAUGGGAGGCGAUGAGACUGAAGCAGUGGCGGAACCGAGCGCCUCAAGCGCUUCGCAGUACCGCGACGGAACUGGAAAAUACAAACUGGUGGCAUUUAUCUCCCACAUGGGUAGCUCGUCCCAGGUCGGUCACUACGUGUGCCACAUCCUCAAGGACGGCCAGUGGGUGAUCUUCAACGACAACAAGGUGGCCAUUUCGCAGAAUCCGCCCAAGGAACUGGGCUACCUUUACCUGUACCAGCGAAUCUAAUCCUCGCAGGGCAGGUAAUUGUACUACUGGUCUCCUUUCUUAACUUGUGAACUAUCAUCAAUUUUUCAAAUUCAACCGAGUAGCGGCGUAGUGUUUUGAUUGAACUGAAAUAACCUUACGAUUACAAUAAUAAUUUUCCGGAAGCUAGUUUAAGUGCUAACUUAUAAUCUACUUGUCUCUUGAAUGAACAUGGCAAACGAAUUAAACUGGAAGUGAACUUUUU